GAGCCACUGUUUUUCAAACAUAGAAUCAACAUAGAAGUUAUUCUGUAGGCUCCAGGAUGCAGCGAUGGGCUGCACUGCCAGCAUUGUUCUGCUGCAAGCUUUUCGCUCUGUGGUCCAGAGGAGCUGUCCACACAUUUGUAGAGGACGCCAGGAAGAACCAUCCCACGAAAGCGUGCCUCUGGAAAGUGACGAUGAAAUGAGUAGACCCAGAACCCUCAUCGUAAUGCAGGAAAAGCCCAGGCUUCUUGAGCCUUUGGAUUAUGAAACUGUCAUUGAGGAACUUGAAAAGACCCACCAAGACUAUCCUCUUAAAGACCUCCUGUUCUUCCCCAGUGAUGACUUCUCGACAGCCACAGUGUCUUGGGAUAUCCGAACAUUAUACUCAACAGUCCCUGAAGAUGCAGAGCACAAAGCAGAAAAUUUGCUGGUGAAAGAGGCUUGUAAAUUUUAUAGUUCCCAGUGGCAUGUGGUAAACUACAAAUAUGAACAAUAUUCUGGAGACAUUCGACAGUUACCCCGAGCAGAAUACAAACCAGAGAAACUUCCCUCCCAUUCCUUUGAAGUUGACCACGAAGAUGCCGACAAGGAUGAAGACACCACUUCCCAUUCGUCUUCCAAGGGCGGUGGGGGAACCGGAGGGUCUGGCGUUUUCAAGUCUGGCUGGCUCUACAAGGGGAAUUUCAAUAGCACCGUGAACAACACCGUCACUGUUCGGUCAUUCAAAAAGCGUUACUUCCAGCUGACUCAGUUGCCAGAUAAUUCCUACAUUAUGAACUUUUACAAAGAUGAAAAGAUUUCCAAAGAACCCAAAGGUUGUAUCUUUUUGGAUUCCUGUACAGGUGUGGUACAGAAUAACAGAUUGAGAAAAUAUGCCUUUGAAUUGAAAAUGAACGACCUGACCUAUUUUGUGCUGGCAGCUGAAACAGAGUCGGAUAUGGAUGAGUGGAUCCACACCCUUAACCGCAUCCUGCAGAUCAGUCCUGAGGGGCCACUUCAGGGAAGGAGAAGCAUGGAGCUCACUGAGCUGGGACUGGAUCCACUGGAUAAUUCUGUACCUUGUGAAUGUACGACAGAAGAAACAGACUCUUCAGAGAACAGCCUACACCCAGACUUCGCAAAAUACCUCACAGAAACAGAAGACAGUGUCAAAGCCUCUCGAAACAUGGAGAGGCUGAAUCUGUUUUCGUUGGAUCCAGAUAUAGAUACCUUGAAACUUCAAAAAAAGGAUCUUUUGGAACCAGAUGCCGUGAUAAAACCCUUUGAAGAAAAAGCUGCCAAGAGAAUCAUGAUCAUUUGUAAAGCUCUCAACUUAAAUCUUCAAGGAUGUAUUACAGAGAAUGACAAUGACCCCAUAACAAAUAUUGAGCCUUUUUUUGUGAGUGUGGCACUUUAUGACCUCAGGGUCAGCAGGAAGAUUUCUGCCGAUUUUCACGUGGAUUUAAACCACGCUGUUGUCAGACAGAUGCUCCCAGGGGUUCCCGCGACUCUAGAAAAUGGCAAUAUUGACAUCAUCACACCAAGACAAUCAGAAGAACCUCAUAUCAAGGAACUUCCAGAAGAAUGGCUGAAGUUUCCAAAGCAGGCUAUAUUUUCUGUAAGUGAUCCACAUUCUGAAAUUGUCUUGGUGGCCAAAAUCGAAAAAGUCCUGAUGGGAAACAUUGCAAGUGGGGCUGAACCUUACAUUAAGAAUCCAGACUCCAACAAGUUUGCACAAAAGAUACUGAAAUCCAACAGGCAGUUCUGCAGCAGAUUGGGGAAAUACCGCAUGCCAUUUGCUUGGGCUGUGAGGUCAGUAUUUAAAGACAACCAGGGAAAUGUGGACAGAGACUCAAGAUUUUCACCGUUGUAUAGACAAGAAAGUAACAAGAUUUCAACUGAGGACCUCUUGAAACUCGUGUCAGAAUACAGACGAGCUGACCGAAUCAGCAAAAUGCAGACCAUUCCCGGGAUCCUGGACAUCGCUGUGGACAACGUUCCUUUGGAACAUCCAAACUGUGUAACGUCGUCCUUUAUCCCUGUCAAGCCUUUCAACGUGAUGGCUCACUCAGAACCCACAGUGGAGGUGGAAGAAUUUAUUUAUGACUCGACAAAGCACUGCCGUCCUUACAGAGUAUACAAAAAUCAAAUUUACGUUUACCCCAAACACCUUAAAUAUGACAGCCAGAAAUGUUUCAACAAGGCACGAAAUAUAACUGUGUGCAUUGAAUUCAGAAAUUCUGACGAGGAAAGCGCCAAGCCUGUGAAGUGCAUAUAUGGAAAACCUGGAGGGUCUCUCUUCACCUCAGCCGCCUACACAGCAGUUCUGCAUCAUUCCCAGAACCCGGAUUUCUCUGAUGAGGUGAAAAUUGAGCUACCAACACAACUGCAUGAGAAACACCAUAUUUUAUUUUCUUUUUAUCAUGUCACAUGUGACAUCAAUGCCAAAGCCAAUGCCAAAAAGAAGGAGGCUCUGGAAACAUCAGUUGGGUAUGCUUGGCUUCCUUUGAUGAAACACAAUCAAAUAGCUUCUCAAGAAUAUAAUAUCCCAAUAGCAACAAGUCUGCCUCCUAACUAUUUAAGCACUCAAGAUCCUGCAAGUGGAAAGCAUGGUGGGAGUGACAUUAAAUGGGUUGAUGGUGGCAAACCACUCUUCAAAGUAGCAACUUUUGUCGUAUCAACAGUGAACACUCAGGAUCCACAUGUGAACGCAUUUUUCCAUCAGUGCCAAAAAAGAGAGAAAGACAUGUCUCAGUCACCUACCUCGAAUUUCGUCCGUUCUUGUAAGAAUUUGUUGAACGUCGACAAGAUACAUACAAUCAUGAGUUUUCUGCCUAUAAUCUUGAAUCAGCUCUUCAAAGUUUUGGUACAAAAUGAGGAGGAUGAAAUAAGUACAACUGUCACCAGGGUUCUGACCGACAUUGUGGCCAAAUGUCACGAGGAGCAACUGGAUCACUCUGUCCAGGCAUACAUUAAGUUCGUGUUCAAGACCAGUGCAUACAAGGAGAGAACAAUACAUGAAGAACUGGCUAAAAAUGUGGCUGGCCUCCUGAAAUCAAAUGACUCAACAACAGUAAAGCAUGUCCUGAAGCAUUCCUGGUUCUUUUUUGCAAUUAUCCUAAAAUCAAUGGCACAGCACCUGGUUGACACAAAUAAAAUUCAGCUUUCCCGGACUCAAAGAUUUCCUGAAUCUUACCAAAAUGAAUUGGACAAUCUUGUGAUGGUCCUGUGUGACCACGUGAUUUGGAAAUACAAAGAUUCACUUGAAGAAACAAAAAGAGCAAACCACAGUGUUGCCAGAUUUCUUAAGCGCUGCUUUACAUUCAUGGACCGAGGAUUUGUAUUUAGGAUAGUUAACAAUUACAUCAGCAUGUUUUCCUCCGGGGAGCUGAAGACCUUAUGCCAGUAUAAAUUUGAUUUUAUUCAAGAAGUGUGUCAAUAUGAGCACUUUAUUCCUUUGUGUCUCCCCAUAAGAUCAUCAAAAAUUCCAGAUCCUUUGACACCUUCAGAAUCAAUUCAAGAGUUACAUGCCUCAGAUAUGCCUGAAUAUUCUGUCACAAAUGAAUUUUGUCGCAAACAUUUCUUAAUCGGAAUUUUGCUCCGAGAAGUUGGCUUUGCCCUGCAGGAAGAUCAAGAUAUCAGGCACUUAGCUUUAGCCGUCCUAAAAAAUCUAAUGGCUAAGCAUUCAUUUGAUGAUCGAUACAGAGAAGCAAGAAAGCAAGCCCAGAUAGCGAGUUUAUACAUGCCCCUGUAUGGCAUGCUUCUGGACAAUAUGCCAAGGAUUUACCUGAAGGACCUGUAUCCUUUUACAGUCAAUACAUCUAAUCAGGGGUCUAGAGAUGACCUGAGCACCAAUGGAGGAUUUCAAAUCCAGACAUCUAUGAAACAUGCAACCUCUGUGGAUACAUCAUUUUCUAAAGAUGUUUUAAACUCCAUAGCAGCAUUUUCAUCAAUAGCUAUUUCUACAGUAAACCAUGCUGAUUCCAGAGCAUCGUUAGCAAGUAUUGAUUCCAAUCCAAGUACCAAUGAGAAGAGCAGUGAGAAGACUGACAACUGUGAAAAGAUCCCAAGACCUUUGUCUUUGAUUGGGUCAACUCUUCGAUUUGACAAGUUAGAUCAAGCAGAAACCAGGAGUCUCCUAAUGUGCUUUCUUCACAUUAUGAAAACAAUUUCAGAUGAGACUCUGAUCGCCUACUGGCAGAGAGCACCCAGUCCUGAGGUGUCUGACUUCUUCAGCAUCUUGGAUGUUUGUCUUCAAAAUUUCAGAUACCUAGGAAAACGCAAUAUAAUAAGAAAGAUUGCUGCUGCAUUUAAAUUUGUGCAGUCCACCCAGAACAACGGAACUCUCAAAGGAUCCAAUCCUUCCUGUCAGACGUCAGGUCUCUUGUCACAAUGGAUGCACACUACUUCUGGUCACGAAGGGCAUAAGCAGCACAGAUCACAAACUUUACCCAUAAUCCGAGGCAAAAAUGCACUUUCUAACCCCAAACUCUUACAGAUGCUCGACAAUACCAUGACCAGCAAUUCCAAUGAAAUAGACAUCGUACAUCAUGUGGAUACAGAGGCCAAUAUAGCAACAGAGGUUUGCCUCACUAUUCUAGACCUGUUAUCACUCUUCUCUCAGGUUCACCAGAGACAGCUACAACAGUCUGACUGUCAGAAUUCAUUAAUGAAAAGGGUCUUUGAUACCUACAUGCUCUUUUUCCAAGUCAACCAGUCAGCCACCGCACUGAAGCAUGUAUUUGCCUCUUUGAGAUUGUUUGUAUGCAAGUUUCCCUCAGCGUUCUUUCAAGGACCUGCUGACCUCUGUGGAUCAUUCUGCUAUGAAGUCCUGAAAUGUUGUAAUCACCGGUCACGAUCAACUCAAAUGGAAGCCUCAGCUCUUCUAUACUUCUUCAUGAGAAAGAAUUUUGAAUUUAACAAACAGAAGUCAAUUGUCCGGUCCCACUUACAACUCAUCAAAGCUGUAAGCCAGUUAAUAGCUGAUGCUGGGAUUGGAGGCUCUCGCUUUCAACACUCCCUGGCAAUCACCAAUAAUUUUGCCAAUGGAGACAAGCAAAUGAAAAACAGCAAUUUCCCAGCAGAAGUGAAAGACCUCACUAAACGAAUCAGGACCGUUCUGAUGGCCACAGCUCAAAUGAAGGAGCAUGAAAAGGACCCUGAGAUGCUGGUGGACCUUCAGUACAGCCUGGCAAACUCCUAUGCAAGCACCCCUGAACUGCGGAGGACCUGGCUGGAGAGUAUGGCCAAGAUUCAUGCCAGAAAUGGAGACUUAUCUGAGGCUGCUAUGUGUUACAUCCAUAUAGCUGCACUCAUCGCUGAAUACCUGAAAAGGAAGGGUUACUGGAAAAUGGAACAGAUUCACACAGCAUCCCUGCUCCCAGAGGACACCCACCCCUGUGAUAGCAACCCACUACUAACAACUUCAGGCGGAGGAAGCCUGUUCUCCAUGGGAUGGCCAGCUUUUCUGAGCAUUACACCAAAUAUUAAAGAAGAAGGAGCAAUGAAAGAGGAUUCGGGGAUGCAAGAUACACCCUACAAUGAGAAUAUUCUGGUGGAGCAGCUGUAUAUGUGUGUGGAGUUCCUUUGGAAAUCAGAGCGAUAUGAACUCAUCGCUGAUGUCAACAAGCCUAUCAUUGCCGUUUUUGAGAAGCAACGAGACUUCAAAAAAUUAUCAGAUCUCUACUAUGAUAUUCAUCGGUCAUACCUAAAAGUGGCAGAGGUGGUGAAUUCAGAGAAGAGGCUGUUUGGCCGCUACUAUCGUGUGGCAUUUUAUGGGCAGGCUGUGGUAAGUUCUCUCUCCCUCUCACUUUGCAUGUUCUAAUGAUCCUCACACAUCCCUUUGUAUGAUUUUACUGAACCUUAACUUUGUGCAAAUCAACAUUUGGUGCAAAGGAUAAGCUAAUCUCAUUUCCAUUUAUUUUGGGAUCAUCCUGCAUUUUUUGCACUAAAUUGCAUUUAUCCCAUUUAUCUGAAUUACAAAAAUGUAUCCUUUUUCGUGUGAAUCAUCAUUCUCCAUGAAGAUAGAGGAUAUAGUCUAGAAUAUAUCCACACACUGAUGUAAAUAUGAAUACAACAUUAGCUCUAGUAUAGACUGGUAUUAGCUAGUUCCAGUUUAUUUCAGGGGCUAGGGAUACAGCUCAGUGGCACAGUGCCUGUCUGGCAAGCACAAGGUCCUGAGUUCAAUUCCUGGUACUGAAAAAAACAAAGCCUGUUUAUUUCAGGCCACAAAGCAUAGCAGCUUGCCAAGAACGUGAGGGUGGCAGUCAUUUCAUUGGUGACUGUUCAUGGGCAUCUUCCUAGAGUUCUGAGAGGACCUGGUCAUUGCCACAGAAUUUCUUGAAGAAAAAAGACUCUCUGUGUUGGUAAGCUCUGAGCAUCCUCAGAAGUGAUGGUACCAAUUCUCAACAUGAAAAGUGGCAGGAAGAUAAAUCUUUACCCAGCAAGGAAAGCUUCAAAAUUUGCAGAAAGAAGUGAAGAAAUCUGGAAUGAAAACCAAGGCAGAAAUAAUCUUCCAGUACCCAGAUGAAGACUAUUGUUGAUUAAGCUAGCAAGAAAUACUCUUUCAAUAUCCACACACUAUCAGGUUCCAUUCAGCUCAACUUUCCUGACCAAUAUAUACUUUUUUGUAAUUCUAUAAACUCCUUCCUACCUCCAUACCACAUGAGUAUUUUCUACUUUCAUUUAUAAAGUUUGGCUACUGACUGCUUAACUCACCAACUAAAAGAAUUCUUGAAAACCCUCGUACUAAAUUAACUGAAGGGGCCAUGGGGAAAGAUUGAGGAGAGCUUUCAAAUGACUUAACUGUCCCUUCUUCACAUUCUUUAGGAAAGCAUGCUGACUAGAAAGGAACCUGACAUUUUUAUAAAUGCCGCUCGCAUUCUCAAUUGUCUUUUACAUAAAAAAAAAAAAAUACCAACCAAACCAAAAAAAAAAAAAAAAAACCAGCUCAACCAAACUCAAAAGGCAAAGUGUUUUGUUACAGGCUCAGACCCAAGACUAUACCUCCGGAUGGUCCCCUAUAAGCUCAAACCUCAGCCACCUUUGAAGAGCUUGUAGAAGAACUCAUUAAGGUUAACUUUAUAACCAGCAGGUUAGAACCCCAGACAUCCUUGUGCAAAUGAUGCAGUGCCUGCCCCAAUACACCAGAUGGCAUGUGUGAACAAUGUAUUGAACAGACACAGCCUCUUCAUGAUUAAGAAAUACAAAGUAGAUUCGAACACCCUCCUAAGUGUGUGUACAGUGAAGAUUCUAAAGAAUUAAGAUGAACUCCUGGUUACCUGAUUGGCAUAAUAUCCAUAAACAGAAAUGAAUUGCUAUCCAUGAUGAUGAUUGAUAUCUAAUAAAUCUCACCUUUUAGCAUCCACAUUGGAGCAUCUUGCAAUCAUGUUAAAAAUAUUAUAGUAAUGUAAUAUGCAGCAGGAUCUUCACCUCUACUAAGUGCGUAUGAGUCCAUAUUUUAGCAUCCCAUAUACUUGUAGUGCUUUCUGUUUAUCGUAUUGAAUGUGGCAUUUAAUAUUAAUUGUGUCUGCAAUGAGCUAGGCACUGGAAAACAAAUGGAAAAUUACUGUUUCACUGCUGGGAUUUUUAAAAAAGAAGUCUUGCAUAGCAAUUUCUAACUCAUCACCUGGUAUCGCUGCCCAUGGAAAUUUUACACGUAGCAGUUUGUGUAAAGCAUUCCACUGAAUUCCCUAAAAUAAUUAAUUUGGAGAGUAAAGACACAGCAAUGAGGAUCAAA